AUGGAGGUGGUCCUGCUCCAUGGGUUGCUGCUCCUCCUGCCUUUGGCAGCCCUGCUGCUAUACCGGUACAAUGCCACCUUCCACUACUUCUGCAAGGUGACCUUCUUCAACUGCUGGAUCAUGGCCAUGGCCACCCUCCUGUCCCCCUUCGCAGCUCUUCGAGGACGCUCUGUGGAGAACAUGAAGCUCCUGCGUGCUGCGAUCCUCCCCCUCAAACACUUGUAUGGCAUCAAGAUGCAGGUGUGGGGCUUAGAGCACCUGAACACCGAGGAGCUCUACGUGAUAGUUUGCAACCACCAAGCCUCCCUUGACCUCAUGGGCAUGGUGGAGGUUAUCCCUGAUCGCUGUGUGCCCAUCGCCAAGAAGGAACUCCUAUACAUGGGCAUGGUGGGAUGGGCCUGCUGGCUCAGUGGUAUCAUCUUCAUCGACCGCUACAGAAGAGAAGAUGCCAUCAAUGUCAUCUCCCAGACAGCCAGGACCAUGCGGCAUGAAAACCUCCGAGUUUGGGUUUUCCCUGAAGGCACUAGGAACCAGGACAAAUCCAUGCUGCCCUUCAAGCGUGGGGCUUUCCACUUGGCUGUGCAGGCUCAGGUUCCUAUUUUCCCUAUUGUGUUCUCCCCGUACUGUGACUUCUUCAGCUCCAAGGAGAAGAAAUUCACCUCUGGGACAUGCACCAUACAAAUCCUCCCCAAGGUGGAAACUCAGGGCCUGAGCUCCACGGAUGUCCCUGAACUGACCGAGACUGUCCGCCAGGCCAUGGUUGAUGCCCUUGCUGAGAUGUCUGCAAGUUGCUGUGGGGACCUGAGUUCUGAGCAGCCUCAGCUCCCACACUGUGCUGGGGCUGGGGCUGGCAGGGCAACGGGCAGCCUCCCAUGCAAGGAGAACACAACUUGGACCAGCAAUUAG